UAGCCUACUUCUCAUUUUGUAUGAUAGAGGAAAAAGGUUGUGCUGUUUUAAUGGGGAGUAGGCUACAGUACAAAUUAUUAAGUCAUAUUGCUUGUGCAACUGAGUAGGCUAAUUCAUCAGGGCCACUGUGCAAAACUGAUGAGGCUGUAAUUUUUUUAACCGAGUGUUUUUUAAUCACGCGGUAUUGUUUUUCAAGAGAAAACACUCAUACUUCACCGAGCGGGGCUUUUAGAACCACAGUUAAUUGCACCGCUCGCUCUGCAUGCUCGCUUUAUGGAGUUUGAUUUCCUACUCUUUGACUAGGCAUUUUGCGGGACCGGCCCAAUGCAAGGGCGCCGCCUGAAACAAAUAUCAGGGUAUUCUGAGACGCGAAUGUUCCCCGCCUGCCUGCAGUCUGAGCGGAUGUGCUCCAGCGCGAUAUUCAGCGCAUCAAUUAUGUAUGGGGAAAUGGCAGCUCAGAGAGCAGGCGGACCGCGGUAACGUCAUUAUGGAGCACGCGGGCUGAGCGCAUUUUCGCGGGCAUUCAGCUUCCCUGGCCCGUGAAAGCUGGAUUGCAGGAGCAUCGCUCCCAUGGAGAGAGGCAAGCGUCGCGGGACAGAGUCCCAUGUCUGUGUCUGAUAACAGCGCCACAAUCCUCAUCGGCGAGGGUUCAGCCGAUUCUUACACCAGUCGCCCCUCGGACUCCGACGUGUCUGUGGAGGAGGACCAGGAGGCGGGUCGGCGUGACGCCGAACGCCAGGCCCAGCUGCAGGUCGAGAGAGCCAAGGCCAAACCGGUGGCGUUCGCGGUCAAGACCAAUGUGGGCUACUGUGGGGCGCUGGACGAAGAAUGCCCGGUUCAGGGACUGGCGGUCAACUUCGAAACCAAAGACUUUCUGCACAUCAAAGAGAAGUUUAAUAAUGACUGGUGGAUCGGGAGGCUGGUGAAGGAGGGGGCUGACAUCGCCUUCAUCCCCAGCCCCCUCCGGCUGGAGGCCAUCAGACUCAAGCAGGAGCAGAAACAGCAGAGGAAGAUGGGCGGGAACACCACAGGGGCGGCCGGCCGGAGGACCACGCCCCCUUCUGCAGCCAAACAGAAGCAGAAGCAGAUGGAACAGCUCCCCCCGUACGAUGUGGUCCCUUCCAUGCGGCCCGUGGUUCUGGUCGGACCGUCUCUCAAAGGCUACGAGGUGACAGAUAUGAUGCAGAAGGCUCUCUUCGACUUCCUGAAGCACAGGUUUGAUGGCAGGAUUUCCAUCACACGGGUAACAGCUGAUCUGUCUCUGGCCAAAAGAUCUGUCCUCAACAAGAGAGCCAUUCUGGAGAGGUCCAACACGCGCUCCAGUCUGGCGGAGGUCCAGAGCGAAAUCGAGCGGAUAUUCGAGCUGGCCAAGACCCUGCAGCUGGUGGUGCUGGACGCUGACACCGUUAACCACCCGACGCAGCUGUCCAAAACCUCGCUCGCCCCCAUCAUCGUCUACGUCAAAGUGUCCUCACCCAAGGUGCUGCAGAGGCUGAUUAAAUCUCGGGGGAAGUCUCAGAGUAAACACCUCAAUGUACAGAUGAUGGCAGGAGACAAGCUAGCCCAAUGUCCCCCUGACAUGUUCGAUGUCAUUCUGGAUGAAAACCAGCUGGAGGACGCCUGUGAACACCUGGCUGAAUACCUGGAAAUCUACUGGCGGGCUACACACCUGCCUGGCUCCGCCCCCAUCAACCCCCUUCUUGAGCCGAACCCAAUAACCCCGCCCUCGGCCAACUCCAGCCUCCAGUUCUCUGAGACGCAGGAGUUAAUCGAGUGACCACUCACAGCCCAGGACCCAGCUGUCACAUGGGUGCAGGACUGGGGGCGGGCCUGGGAGGGCAGUCCCCGCGCCCUCCGCCCAAAGCCAACGGGGGGUGCCCUCUGCAACUGCACCUGGAAGAAGACGAGGAGGAGGAGGAGGAAGAGGAAGGUGACUCACCCCAGCCGUGCCUGCACGUACCACCGCAAGGCCCCCGCCCCACUGUAGCGACUCCACCACCUUCCACUGCGCCGAUGGGACAGCCUGCGCCAGAGAACCGCCACAAGCACAACAGCCUCCACCGCCCGUGUACCAGGUCACUCUACCACUGCCAAGACCUAGAGAGGGGGGAGAGGGAGGGGAGGGAACGGUCACUAACCGGCAGGGACGGUCAUUAAAGUUCGGGAAUGGUCACUAAUGGUCAGGAACGGUCACUAAGUCAGGAAGUCACCAAGUCAGGAACCGUCACUAAUGGUCAGGAACCUUCACUUACGGUCAGGAACCGUCACUAACGGUCAGGAACGGUCACUCCAAAUAUAAAUUAUUAUUUAAGUUCCAUUCCUUUUGAGCCAACAGAAUACAAUGUACAGUUCUUAAAUUCUAAGCAAGGGAAAGAUCUUGAUCCAUAAAUAUUUUGGUUUUGAUGCCCAGACAGCCAACUGGGUUGUGACAGCCCUAGUCUAAAAGGAAAUUUCAGUUUGUCUGGCUUUAGAUUUACUAAAAUCCCCUGAAAUCAUUGCUUUACUUAUAGGACUCAGUACAAGGUAUGUAAAUCUCAUGAUAAAAGUUCUAAAAUUAAAGAAAAAUCUAUAAAUUUAAUAUUAUUUUGGGGAAGGGCCAUAAAUACAGUAACCAAUGUAUUGUGCAUAUCUCUCAUUGCAUGUGUCAAUCUUGCUUCCAAUUAUAAAUACCAUGAAUACAAUAGCUGUAUUUAUAUUGGAGCUAUUUGCUCAUAAAAUUCAGGAAAAAUCAUAAAAACCACAUAUGCGUAUAUAUCAGUAUUUGGCUGUAGAAAGCAUCCAAAGGUCUUUUUACAUAUUUACAGGAUAUUACACAGUCAUGUAAAUAGAAUGGGCCGUAUGCUGGGGACCCAUUUUGAGGUUUAUCGUUCAGCAUAUUUAAAUGACAUGCAUUCAUAUAGUAUUCAUUAUUAUUUAUGAUUGCACUUACUGUAUAUAGAAUUUAUUGACAGGGUUUUGAGCAUGCAGGAGGGUGUGUAGCACCAUACGUAUUUCACUAGUCAUGUCUUAUAAUUAACAGUGUGUUUUAUGCCCAAUGUGUCUUCUUCUGGCCUCUUCAUGGCACAGUUUGAUUGUCAUAGACAGGGUGAUGUCAUCCCUAUCAUAAAUAACACUGGAACAUAGCAUUGGAUCCACCCUUUCCACUGUAUAGCCAAUCACAACAUGGCAAAAGCCAGUUCCCAGUCAUUGCUGUGUGCGCUCUGAGCAGAAAUCAUUCAUCUCCAGGGAGACUAUGCACGCUACCACUGUUAAAACAGAGUAAACAAAUGAAAGUUGCCAUGUAGGUAAACAGCUGCUGUAGAUUUGGGUUGGCGCUUUAGCUAAAUAACCUUUAGCCAUUUACGCUAGUGGCUUACCUGAUCUGGGACCAGAUACAGGCGCUGCAGGAGAGCUGGACAAUGAGGGAAAACACACACACACACAUACACACAUGUACAUGCACACGCACAGCACAGCACUGAUACACCCACAUGCACGCGUACAUACACCCUGUACUGAGAGAACGUGCACACACACACACACACACACACACACACACACACACUGCGCUGACUAAGCUGCGCUGGGGCGCUGAUACAUGCGCGCACGCUCUAUAUUCUCAGGAAUGUAAAUCUUGCAUGCCUUAAAGCCACCGCCCCGGGGUGGCCGGCCCCGGUCCUGGGGAGCCGCAGGGCCUUCUUUUCCUUUUCACCUUCAAUACAACAACCACUUAGACCCAGGAAAGCAGGUGAGGCCAGUUAACUGUGUAAUCACCUGCUUUAAUCGGUCAAUUAUGGUAACAACAAAAACCUGCAGACCCUUCGGCUCUCCCGAACCUGGGUUGGCCAUGUCUGCACUACACCUUGGACAGAGUUGUCACAAAGAUAUUGUUGUUCAUUCUGCUUCCUGUCCAUUGUUCAGCUCAUGAGCUUCUGCUGUGGCUCGCAUCAUAUCCUGCUGCAGCCAGUGGCCAGAGCAGCUGUAGUGGGCCUACAGCUGUGAGAUUUAGUUUUGUGAACUGUUCUGCAAAAGUGAAAUUUAACCUCAUCCUCUCUAUACUUUUACCUCCUUCUCUCUGUCCCCUUCCCCAGUAGACAGAAUGGGCCUCAUUAACAAAACUUUUCUUAAAUUCUUCUUACUUUUUUGAAAUGAAAGUUUCUACGAAAAACCAAUGUGGGAUUCAUGAAACAUGCAGACAUUCAAUUUUUGUUCAUAUCCCAGGUGUAUCAGAGGAUGAAUGCCUAUUGUUUGUAAACUGAAUGUUCAUGUUGAUUUGAAACACCCUAGAAAUCCCAUAAAAGCAAUGCCACCUGCAGGGAUGUGUGCAAACAUCGUUCUCCGCAAACGUAACUGCACCUGAUAUGCGUGGUCCCUAAAGAUGCGCUCUCUCCCCUAAGCCCAUUAAUCCAAAAGCAACACACAUGCCUUUGCUAAGCGUUGGGUAUGCGCAUUUGUGGGUCUUUAUAUAUCACUGUCAAUCAUAAUUUUUAUCAAUUAAAAAAAGGAAUUACAUGUGUUCCCAACAAGGUUAUUAUCGUAAAGUAAAACCAAAUACUUAAGGAAAAAACGUUGUAAACCGAAAUAAAAAUAAUAACUAGAAUUAAAAAUUAAAAAUUAAAAAAACGCAACUAAACUAAGAUUGCCAGAUUUGUUCUUAAAACUAAAUAAUGCUAAAUUGAAAUUGAAAUCAAAAGCUGGUGAAAAUUUUGAGGUUAUUCAGAUGGAUUAGUUAAUGUAGUUAAACUCAAUAGCAUAUCUAAUAUUGAUAUAUUAUUAUAUUAAUAUAAUAAUUGUACUGAUAAACAUUUGUUUUUAAUAUGAGGUCUGCAACUACUAAAGAUGACUUUUUAUGAAUAAUAAAGGAUUCUAAAUUUAAAAAUCGUCCACGUAUGCCUUUACUCGCGUUUCCAAACACAGAUUUUGAUCUUACCGAAAAACAAAUUCAGAUAAGAAAAAAAUGAUGAUUGCCAAAAUGUUCAAGGAAACGUUUGUAAGCACAGUUAAUGAUCAAAACUGAUCAUACGCAUGUUUUGUGAAUGAGGCCCACUGAGUCCUAAUCUGCCUACAGAGGACACAGAGUUAGCACAGCGCCCUCUAAUGAUGGAUGUCUUACAAUACAUCUUUGUAGUAGCUCCUGAUCAUCCCUGGUUGAAUAUUUUUUUUAUUCAAUUGCACGUUCAACCUCAAAGUUUACUUUCUAGAAAUAUCUGUAUCUUAAGAAUUGCACAUAUAAAACCUGACUUGCAAGAACAGCAUGGAAUCUAUAUUGUAUGACAACUUUGUCUGGGUACGCCAAAACCAUAGGGCAUAUUCAGUCUUUCAGAAAAACCAAUAUUCCUGUUUAUCUUCCAUUCUGAACACUAAGCCAUAGAUAUACAGCUCUAUACAUUCCUACGUGCACACAUAAAUGUACAUUGUCUUUUACUCAGAUACACACACACAUACCCAUACAUGUGUUUACAAACACACACGUGCACACACUGUUUUAUCAUUAGCAGCAAAAGCUCUUGUCCGGCAUUCUGCCUGUUUAAUUUAUAAUAAAGAUAAACAAUGAUUGCAAAUAUACCUGAUGGUGAAAUAUUAAGCAGUUGAGACCAGGGUAAUACGACAGACUUAAAAACAGACUUUAAAAAACAUGCGUAAUCUGUCUGCAAAGAAGCCAAACCUAUGCUGCCAAAAUUAAAGCUAGUGAUCUCUACAACGCUUGUUUUGGGAGCCAAAAAAAUUAACUGCCACCUGGCAUCGUAAAACAAAGCUAUCCUCUAAGGAAACACAAAUACGACCAUUGCUGCUCAGGAAUAAGUCCAUCUUGCUGUUUUAGCUCAAAAUGCAUGUUUUUAUUGCUGCAUGUCUGUGGGGGGGGGGGGGGGGGGGGGGCAAAACGCCAGCUGGCUUUUAAAUCCCACAGUGGGAAGUUUGUUACAGUUCAGACAAUCUGGUGGAAAAAGCCAACGCUGGUGAACCUGGUAGCAAAACAGGCUACAUUUGAGUGCUUUACAAAUACUGUAUGUCCUUCCUUGCUUCCUUCCUGCCUUGCUCCCUUCUUACCUUCUAACAUGGAAGGGGCUAAUUGGCUGCCAUGGCAACAUAUGUUUCAGUUUGUUUAAUAAACAAACAAAGGAAAUAUCUGUCUUUGUUCACCUCUGGUAAAGGAUACAAGAGUGCAUCAUAUACGGAGACAACGUUGGUUAUGAGUGAAAUAGCCUCACUUGCUAGGCUGUUGCGUAUUCUUGCAUAUGUCAGACCAGCCUGGAAAAGCACUGUGUUUGAGUAUAAGCCCACCCAAAUUGCAGGGAGGAGCCCAGUGUCAAAGUCUUUCACAUUUACCCUGGUAACACUUAUUAAACUGAAAUAUCACGCGCAUUACAAGAAUAAAGUUUCAAUGACCUUCGCCUUUUUUAUGUACAGGAACCUUAACCACACAAUGUGCACUGAGUGGCCUCUAGGUACUACUUUGUGUAUUAAAAUGGCUAUAAUGUUAUUUGAAUGUUGCUGCCUAUGUUAGCUAACACGUUCCAGCUAGAUUACUUUAACAUUUAUCAGAAAAGCAAGAGGUUAAAGAAAACUGAAACCAUUAUUAGUCGACUCACUCAUUCCGAGCAAAUGCUGGCAGAAAAAAAGGGUGAAAUACUUCCCGACAUUGCUCAUCGUUCCCGUUGCAAUUUUGUCAUCAACAUCUUUAAAUUGACAGGAGUAUAUGACAGAUACUCCUUCUGCGUUCAGAUAGUUCACUAGAUUUUCUAUGACUGAUAAUGAAGGACAGAUCACCAAACCCAAUGCCUUUUCUGACCAAUCUCUUAGCCAGUUUUCGCUACUGAACAGCCAUGGGCCAUACUUGGUAAGCCAAACUGACGUGGCCACAGUUAUGCUUGUCUUUCUUAGUGAGAUCUCCUGUAGAUAGUAACAUUGGCAGCAAGUGUGGAAGAACCUUCAGAAAGUGAGAUAGGAGAUGGUGGUAACUCAGGGCUAGAAUUGCCAGCCAAUGAGCAUGCUUUACAAAAUGCAAGUAGGUACUACAGCUAGUAGGUUUUCUCAGCUAAUCUAAUGAGACAAGGGGCUGACUUGCUGAGAAUGAGAGUGAACCUGGAAUGUCCAAAUUCUUAUGAACACUUUCACUGGUCUUGUUUCCUCAUCUCCUCUCCUCUCUUCCUUUUCUUGUUUCCUUGUGGUGUGUACAGAAGGAAUCAGGGAAGGGAAGCAAGGCAUAGAAACAAGAAAAAUUCAUGAAGAAUUUGAACACAAACGGCGUACUUCACACUCUUGAGUGCGCAUAGCAAGCAAAACUUUCCAUGCUACCAUACUUCCAUACUCCAGAGUACAUACUCCCAAGCAUUGACUGGAGUGCACUCUCAGGAGCACGGCAGUGUGGGGCAUGGAAGUACGUGGUUUGGGACGUGGUGACUUUACCCUUUCCACUCCAAGCUUCCUGUUUCCUGCUUGUCACUUCCUUUGAGAUCUGCCCUCUGACCUUUCAGACUGAAAUCCUGGAAAACAGUAAACUGCAAGCCUGCAGGCUUCUCAGAGCGGUGAAUCACAGGUAUGAACUGAGACUCCUAGUUGGCAGUUGAAAGUGAAGUAAAAAGCAGCCUUUUAAACGGGACGGCAGACUCAGAGUGUGAUUCAAAGCGGCCGCGAUCCGCUCCUAGCGACAAGUUUAACAAAGUGUUACUACCUUUCUAAAAUUCUUACCCUAAAUCCAAAUAAUGCUGUAAGUGAUACAAUGGCAGAACAUAUGUAUGUUUCUUAAGAGAGUACUUUGCUCUGUGUGUUGAGAUUGAAUCCAGACCCCCCCAAUGUCCUGGAUUCCCCAUGAGCUUGCACUCUCUGUACAGUGCUGUGGAUCUGCUGUGUAUAUUAGCACCUCUUACUGACUGCAUUACCUUUGUUAGCAUCACUUGUUUUAUGUUACCUAUUGUUACAGUUUAUGUUGUUACAUGACCUGUUGUUGCAUUAUCUAGCAUUACAUUAUCUGUUGAUGAAACAUCGCAUGAUCGAAGGUAUGGAUUUUUCCUAUGCAAGCGUUGCAUGAGAUCUGAUUGUUUUUGUUCUAUACAGUUAUGAUGUACUUUACAGAUUGACUCCUCGUUGGUAUUACUGUUAUUGGUACUGUAUGCCUGCCAGUCCUUGAUUUUCAUGACCCUCUUGCCCUGGGGGAUGUGAAUGACGGUGUCCCAGGGUGAGCAGUAGCACAGCUUCACAGAAUCAUCAUCGGGUAGCACAGGCAAGCACAGGCAAACACGCGCAUUUAAAACAUACAUGAAUGUCAUGUGGUUUCACUGAGCGCGAUACAGCUCGCGACGGAAGCAUGUGCUUUCCGUAGCAUUCGUAACAUGGGAUGAAAUACGCAAAAUGCAGGUGUUUGGAUGUUUUAUGUUUGCAUUACUUUCACACAAGAAUUCCAAGCACAUUAUUCUUUGAACUUUGUAAAAAAUAAAAAAUCAAAGGUAUGGCUUUGGAACUUAGUGCCAGCCAUCUUGAAGUCUUGCGACAGGAGCAUGAGGCUUCAUCAAUGCCAGAAUGGGCGGAGCUUCCAUAUAGCCAGUAAUUUCAGCCUGAACCAAUGGUAAGAGAGAGCCUUGGAGCACAAAGCCUUUCGAAUCAGACUCACUGACAGCUCAUCAUAGCUCCACAUAUUUAUGGGGUUCAUGAAGCCUCUUCCCUCCCAUCACUAUGGUAACAACAUAGCUAGAGCUGGGUAACUCAUUGUGAUGCAAUAUACCACCGUUCUGCCCAGCACUAUCAACUCUGUGAAUGGGCUAUAUUUUAGAGAACAAACAUCAGAAUUGUUCUAGGGAGGGUGGAGUUUAAGGCCAUAUACAUAUCAGAGAUUAUCAUUUCUGUUUAGUCUGUCAGAGUUCUUGUACACAACAGCACACCAGAGUGUACUUCACCUCCUCAGUACUGUUUUUAAUGCUUCCUGAUAGUUCAUGCAAAUAUGGUGCAAUUUUAACUAUUACAAGAGGGAAAGGGUUCUUUUGAGAAUAUCAUGUUAACUAAUUUAGCUGACAUUCUCACCCUGAGCAACUCAAUACACGCAAUAUUCUUUUCUCUGUCUUAUGGCUGCGUUUCAAUUUUGUUUCCAUACAAAUAAUGUAGAAAUACUUGUUUAAACGUGCAUACACGGUUCAGACAUUUGUUUUGAUGUUCUGUCAAAAGAAAUGACAUUCCCGAUGGAGCAGAAACACUCAGUGCUAUACAGUAAGGGUUUCAUUGUGUUUAAUGCUGAUGCUGAAAGCAGUAGCCAUGUCUUCCUACCCUAGUGAAAAAACAUAAAAACAAAAUACUACGUUCCACAUGCAGCGUAGCAUCAUAAGCACACAAACCAAAAUACCCUUUCUACAAGAAUGCAUACUAAUAUAUACGCACGUCCUGUUUCUGAAAUGACCAGGUUUCUACCCUGUGGACCAAUGAUUAAAAUCUUUUUUAUUGUUUUUUUUUUUUGUUUGUUUGUUUGUUUGUUUUUUAAUAGCUGAAGCACAAUUUGUAGAGUUUUAUUUUUAUGUUUUAUUUUCCAACAUCCUCAGAUUCUAUAUGCAAUACAGAGCUGUGAUAUAUAAUGCUGUAGGCCAUCCAGACUUCUUUUAAUUCUGUAUUUGGGAAAGAGAACAAUAAAAUUGCACUAAUUCUCA